CUCGCAUACACCCCAGCAUUUGGGCCCCGGAGCCCCUCUGGGUGGGGAGGGGGCCGGACAGCGGACAGUCAGUCCAUGCUAUUCACUGAGCGCCAGCUAGGUGCAGGGCGCUGCACUAAGCGCUUGGGAGGCAGUCGUAUUUUCAGGAGUCUCAAGAACUUCCUUCCAUCAGUGAAAUAGGACCCAGGCUUGAAAAUGGAGAUGUACGAGACCCUUGGAAAAGUGGGAGAGGGAAGCUAUGGCACAGUCAUGAAGUGUAAGCAUAAGGAAACCGGGCAGAUAGUGGCCAUAAAGAUAUUUUAUGAGAAACCAGAAAAAUCUGUGAACAAAAUUGCAAUGAGAGAAAUAAAGUUCCUAAAGCAAUUUCGUCAUGAAAACCUGGUCAAUUUGAUUGAAGUAUUUAGACAGAAAAAGAAAAUUCAUUUGGUGUUUGAAUUUAUUGAUCACACAGUUUUAGAUGAACUACAGCAUUACUGUCAUGGAUUGGAGAGCAAACGACUUAGGAAAUACCUUUUCCAGAUCCUUCGAGCUCUUGAAUUCCUUCAUAAUAACAACAUCAUUCAUCGGGAUAUAAAACCAGAGAACAUUUUAGUUUCCCAGUCUGGGAUCACUAAACUCUGUGAUUUUGGCUUUGCUCGGACAUUAGCAGCCCCAGGGGACAUUUACACUGACUAUGUGGCUACACGGUGGUAUAGAGCUCCGGAGCUGGUUUUAAAAGACACCACUUAUGGAAAACCAGUGGAUAUUUGGGCUCUGGGCUGUAUGAUCAUCGAGAUGGCCACCGGAAAUCCUUAUCUUCCCAGCAGCUCUGACUUAGACUUGCUGCAUAAAAUUGUGAUUAAAGUAGGCAAUUUGACACCUCAUUUGCAGAGUAUUUUUCUAAGGAGCCCUAUUUUUUCUGGAGUGGUCCUUCCUCAAGUUCAGCAUCCAAAAAAUGCACGAAAAAAGUAUCCCAAGCUCAAUGGAUUAUUAGCAGAUAUCGUUCAUGUAUGUUGGAAGAGCUCAAGAAUGCUGCCUCUUGUUUUCCCUUUUUGGGCCUGUUUACAAAUUGACCCUGAGGACCGAAUCUCAUCUACAGCUCUCCUGCACCAUGACUAUUUUACCAGAGAUGGAUUCAUUAAGAAGUCAUUUUUUUGUAUAUUUAUCAGAUUCAUGCCAGAAUUGAGGGCUAAGUUACAACAAGAAGCAAAAGUAAAUUCAAUUAAAAAGCCAAGAGAGAAUUUUAAAGACAACGAACCCAUAAAGGAGGAAAGGAAAGCAGUACAUGUAAAUAAAAUAGCAAAUAAUUUGACAGUGGGAAAGGAUACGGACAAAGGAAAAAAGACCAAGGAUGGAAAAGCCAAAGUGAAAAUAAAAGUAGGGAGAGGAGAGAUUUCUGAGGCUCAAAAAAAUGACCAUGGAAGUGUGCAUUGUCAUGGCGAUGUGUCUGAGAAUUUUCUCCCUCUUCAAGACCUUAAGCCUGCGGACACUGAACUGUUACCCAGCCCCGCAAUUCGUAGCGGUGCUAUCAUCACUGGUCACUUGAAGGAAGAAAUGCAUCUUGGAGGUUGCAUGACAAUGCCCCCGAUCAAUCCCAACAGUAGUAAUUUGACAACCACAAGUUUAAAUUACCCACACAGCAGUACCAGUAAUAGGCUACCUGACAAAGGCAAAAAGAGACGAAGCCCCUGGCAGACUGGGUGCAACAUUAAGCAGGAGGAUGGAACCUUUACUCAAGUCCAAACAGAGAAGGCUGCGCUUUAUGAACGCACAGGUCAAGUCGACCAAAUGGGAAAUGGGAACAAAAGAAAAUUGAACAUUUCAAAGCCCGACAAGAAAGAGAUCCAUUUCCCAGAGCUGCCAUUAACAGCCCAGUCAAAGGAGCUGAAAGGAAUUGAAGCUAAACAGAUAAAGGUGCUGAAACGGGAGCUGAAGAAAUCAGAUAUAGCUAAAAUACCAACUUUACUUAAUGUGGAUCAGAAUCAAGAAAAACAAGAGAAUUCAGGAAAUACACAAACUGAAAGGAAGCUGAACAUACCAGAUGAAGAGUAGAAAGUGCAGUUUCUGGAAUCUCUGGGAACCCCAGAGGCAUUGUAGAGAUAUUUAAAAAUCCUUUCUCAUUAUUUCACCUACAUACAGCUUUGAGGCCUGGAAAAUUCUGCGACAUCUUUUAUAAUCUUUUAUAACUAAUUGUAUUUUACCUAAAGUAGUUAACAUUUAAAACGAUUCACACUUUGUCUAAUUUGAACAUUAAUUUAAGAAAAGUGCCGGAAAGGUGCAGUCUAUCAAAACUGCAGCCUUUAUUAUGGUUCAGAAGUGGAUCUGUUCCACUUUUCUUAACUAGUUCUAAUUAGUGACCACCCUUGGGUUUGGUUCAGGUCUUUAAGACUGCGGAAGGUAAUGUCCCUGAGGAAAGUUUUGUCUUAAGAAGUUCUGGAACCAUGCAACAUUGCUGAGCAAACAAUAAAGGUGACAGGGUGGCAGUGCCCAUUCAUAAGUGGAAAUAUAUAGCGAACAAAACAACUCUUUGUCCGUGAUGGGUGGAGCGUGGUCCUUGUUCUGGCCACACUCCUCAGCUCACACAUCCUUUCAGAAUCUCCAAGCAAUUCAGGAGGGAUCCAGCAGAAGUCUCUGAAGCACAUAAGCUUGGUUUUUAGCAUGAACAGAGACAAGGUCUUUAGGAUGAGAGGAAUUUGAAGAAUAGGUUUUAUCUUUUUUUUCCUUUUUCUCCCCUGAAAAAUGAAGGCGGUGUGAGCUAGAAAGAUCUCCACCGCAUUUAACCAACAUUUUCUUUCCAUGGGUAAAAUGUUAUCUGUUUUUCUUUCUCCCUCCUAAAAGUUCCCGUGAUUGGAUGCUAUGAAAUGAAACAAUAAAAUCGUUUUCUCUUUGGCUGUU